AUGGGCAGACUAUUGCUUUCCUCGGGCCAGGUCUCUGUUAUUCUCUCUGCGGUCAUAGUCUUUCUUUUCACUCUUGCGCUCUUCCUCUCCGGAUAUGUCCUGCAACAGCGAUACGUACAAAAUCUACAAGCCGUCAUAAAACCGCGUUUGCCAAAGCCAUUACAACCGGAAAAACCAAUCGAACCGCCAAAACUAGACAUGAAAUGGGCACGACCGAUGGGCGGGCGGCCAGAAGUGGAUGAGACGUAUUCUCAGUACAUUGCAGGGCAGACAAUGGAUUGGAGUCGCUUGGGCUACGUGCAAGUAGUCAGGGAACAUGUGGAGCUGUGCAGCGCAGUCAUGUUGCUGUCCGACCUGGCCAGGAUGAAGAGCCCCGCAAAGAGGAUUCUGAUGUUCCCAAAAUUGUGGCUGGCCAUUGCCGAGGACGGCGAGUAUAGCCCAGAGAUGGCGACGACGCGACGACUGUUGAGGGCGGCAGCGAGGCGAUAUGGAGUCACGUUGAUUCCCAUGGAGCCCAUAGUGGAAGGCGCGGAUGACACACUACCGUCAUCCUACUCACUUGCCAGCCUGUAUUCUCUCGUUGACUUUGAGCGGAUCAUGUACCUGCAAGGACCAGGCGUGCUGCUCGAUGCAUCAGCGCUGGACUCGCUCCUUGCUUUCUCCAAAUCAGAGCCCAUGGCGGCGUAUCCAGCAACGCCAGAGCGGAGAGACCUGUCAACAUCACUGCUCAUGAUUCACCCCUCACAACAGAGCUUUUCGCAGCUGAAGGCGCUACGAGCGUCGAAGCCCACAAGCGAUCUAGAUUUACUGCGGAGCACAUUUUCUGCGCCGGAGUCGCUCAUGUCAGAAUGGUCGCUCUCCAUGGGAAACGUCGUGUACGAAGCGCAAGAUCUCCGCCUUGCAGUGGAUGACUUCAACGCCACCGCGUUCGAGCAGGCCACGACAUUUGUUCGCUUAUCCGACCCUGCAAUGCCAGGGCCAGAGUACGACAUGCCAUUCCCAGACCGAGUACGACUGCGGCCACAGAACCUGCAGGCAGAAGAGGCAUGGAGCAAGCUGUACGAGAGAUUUCGCCAGCAGCGCAUGGAAGUGUGUGGGCUGGACCUCGAGGUCUACGAGGCGCCAGUGCUGUCAGAUGGCGCUGAUGCAAUGCGCGCGGUUUCUGGGGAGCUGUGA